AUGGACCGACCAUAUCGUAGCAAAAUCUACGGCAUUUUCGAUACUUACAAGUCCCUGCAAACUGUAUGUGAAAGCCUAGGACCUGCUCUCGAACAACGUCUUGACACUGCUCGUUGUGGAGGACUUUCGGGGCUUUCAACGCUAAUUCCCGAUACGAGGCAGAGUUUAAAAGGUUUUUCGGCCCAGGUAUCUGGCACUGGCAUUAGCCCCCUAUUGAAGCCUGUGUGGAAGCCGCUAGCAUCUUGGCUCGCCCCUAAACCCACUGAGCCCGCAGCGCACAUGCCCACCCACGGCCCAGAGCAGCGCGCCUGGAAAGCGGCUCCUUCCAAGAACGGCAUUUGCCGCCAAUCUGCAGGCACUUUCCUCAGCCGUGCCAAUCCUCACUCUGCCCAACACCAUCUCCUUUUCUUCAGCGGACAGCGAUCCAAGACACGACCAAAUUGA